AUGACAGACGGGUACUCUUCUUCAGCGACAAAUACAACUUCAAUUUCUCGCAUACGACAGCCGACACGGUUGUCUCGAGAGUUUGAAAGACAAAAGCAACAACCACAACAAAUUCUAAAGUUACUUUACCAAAACCAAAAACCACCCCAGGUACAAAAAAAUUUUCUAGUAUCUUCUAGUGCUUCAUCAUACGAAGACGACGAGGACGAGGAAAAUGUCGAUUCUUUUAUAGUUCAACCACAGUUGGAAAACAUUAAUAGAAGUAGCAUUCGACGAACAACAAUUUCCCAUUACACUGGCGGUAUCAAUAAUAACGGUGGUAGUAAUGCUGUUGGCGGUCAGCCUCCUUCAUUUAUCCCAAGCAGAAGACUUCAAUAUGUGAGAAAUACUGACGACGAGGAAGUUACGUCAUCGAUGACUCAACAACGAAAGAGGCGAACCACAAUAUCAGCGGCGGCGACCACCACUACAAACACCGCUACAACCGCUACUGCAACAAUAGGAACUAAAAAAUGCGAAACGGACGACGAGUUGUUUAAACCGAAUCAUAGACAUUCGUUGCCGGCUCCGCCACUACAUACACCGUCCACACAAAACAACAGCAUGGAAGACACGACAUCAACAACCACCACAAAAUCCUUGCUCUAUCUACUAAACAAAGAACGCGAGAAACGAUGCACCCUGCAAAAAACGUACGACAGUACCGUGCAAGCGUAUCAUGACUUACAAAAAACUCACACUGAAGAUCUUUCCGCACUCGAAUCUGAUAUACAAACGUUGCAAGACGCGUUACGUAAAGAAUCGAAAACCUCAUUACAGUUGAAUCAACUCUUACGCGAUGCUCACGCUAAAUUCGUCGAAGAGAUGCAGAAAUGGGCAGGAAAAGUGAUGGAGAUGGAGACGCAAGGUAAAGAAUUGCAGACGACGUUUAGUGAUACGAUGGAGAGAUUGGAAAAAGAGGAAACUGAAAUAUUGAGAUUACGCGCGGAAAAUCAACAAUUAAAAGAACAAUUGGCAGCUGGUGGUAAUAAUAGUAACAGUGUGACAACAAAUAUAUCACGAAGAAAUCUUGAAGAUGUAACAAAGGUUGGAUCAUUGGAAGACGGAGAUGAUAUUUCUAUUUCGGCAGAAUCUCGUAAACAAACACCAUCUUUACACGAAAAUUUUGAUGACAUUGAAUCAAUUAGCAAUUACUCGAAAAUCAACGAAUUGAAUGAACGGGUAGCUGAACUUGAAAAUGAACUUUCUAACGCCAAAGAAAAUCAACAAAAAUUACUGGUUAACAUUCGAGCUCUCGAGAAUGAAAACCAGACGAUAGUGAAACAAAUGGAAGAGAAGCACGAGAAUGAAAACCAAACGAUAGUGAAACAAAUGGAAGAGAAGCACGAGAAACAAGUACGAUUAUUGCGAGCAUCAUUGGCACAAAAACAAAAACAAAUUGAUGAUCUCGAAAAAGAUUUACGAAUGGAAAAAUAUUCUCAAAAUCAAAAACGAAAAUCACAACAACAAAUAAUACAAUCCCCUCCUCAACGACCAUUGUCACCACCACACCAACAGCAGCAGCAAAUAGUAUCUGAAUCAAACAUUGAUGAUCGAAGACUGCAGCUUUUAUUACUGAAUAAAAAUCAUCGGAGACCUUCAGUUCAUUCACUGCAUGAACGUAAAAGCAGUUUGACAAGCACAAAUAGUGGAAGUAAUGAAAGUGUAAGUCAAGAAGGAGGCAGCGUUGAAGAGAAUAAAGAUUCAGUACGUAUUAGAGUAACGAGAGCUGAUCAUUUUGAGGAAGUAUUCAGUGACGAAGAGGAAGAGCAAACUUCUUCGGUAUGUACAGGAAGUGAAAACUGUGUACAAAGUCGAACAAGUGAAGAAAUCUUGGACUCUUCAAUUCCCGAUGAAUUUGCAAAUGCUAACCCUUCAUCAUCGGCAAAUUCACGACAAAAUGUCGGGUUAAAUACUAAUUGUGGUAUUGGUACUGGUGGUGGGAAUAAUAAUAGUGGGGGAGGAGAUGCAAAAGCAAAACAAGAUAAUGUACUCGAUGACGAUGAAUUGGAUGCAAUAUUAUCAGAUCGAGAAGAUCGAGCACUUCCCCUGAUCGGUCAUUAUUCAGCAGCAGAAUUCACAGAGGAUGAAGAUUACACAAUGAUGAAUUCACUCGAGCAAGUUUUAGGCAGUAGACGACAUAGUAUGGUGAACGGAAGACUUGGAAUGAAAUUAGCGGGUAACUCACUUGCUAGGACUUUAAAGAAACUGAAUGCGGGAAAAAGAGGGUGGGCAAGUGGUGGAGAAGAUAUUCUAUAA